AUGGCCAGUGGACGAAAAGAUACAUCGGACGUCAAGCUUUUGCAGGAGUCUGCCGGCGCUGCCAGUGCUCAGACUGUCACUGUAGUCAUUGAUCGUGAACGCCUUCGUCAAGUUGAAACACUGCUGCAACACCUUAAUCAACCUCCACUCGUUCCAACUGCCGUGAAUGAGCCCAACGUCUUGGAGGGGAAUGUCGAGUCUGACGGACUUGGCUCCCCCAUGCCUUUUUCUGCAGGUAACCCACUCGAAGGACUUCGGCAUCACCUUGGUCACCGUCCACUUCACCAUUCGCCUGUACCAUCCCCACCGAACCAUGGUGCUCUGUGUCACCGUCCACUUCACCAUUCGCCUGUACCAUAUGUACGGAACCUCGGUGCCUUGCAAGAAAACACCAAGUAUUGUGAAGUCGAAACCAUUGGGCAUCCUUAUAAUGACAACCCACUUUUCAGUUUGCCGCAAGACAGGUGCUACGAGCAAUCCAAGUUGCAGGACUUAACAGCCGCAUUUACGUGUCUCUACAUCCAACAAUCCUGGCUCAAGCACUGGAGCCUUGUUCCAAGCCCGUACCCCGCCUGGUUCCUCGGCGACCUGUCUUUCUCCUAG